AAGCCUUCCCAUUUCGGAACCCUAUAUUCCUCUUCCCUCGAGCCAAAACCCUCCUCGCUUUUGGCAAAUUCCGGUCUCUCCCAAAAUCGCCCUACUAGCUCACUUGCACCAUCACUAUCAACCUCCAAACCCUUUGUCCUCGCACCUAGCGCUGAUUCCCGUGUCGUCACCUAGUCCAUGUCUUGAUCUAUCUUACAAGGACGCAGCACGAUCUACCAUCGGCCAUCCCAAAAGCUCGCGAAAAGGUGGAUCGGAGACAUGGAAAGCGGCCGCUUCCUCAUGAAGCAUCAUCGCAGGAAACGGAGAGGGAGGACGAUUUCGCCUCCUACGAGUCCUCCCUCUCCGAGACCGACGUCUCGGCAAUGGUCUCGGCUCUGAGCCAGGUCAUUUCCACCAGUGACGACACCCCGAGCUCGACCGACCAUCCGGCAGCGCCGGUGCAAGAGGAGCAUGGGGACCCUCCUCAGCGAGCUCCGGAUCAAGAGAGUGUUAGGAAAAAGCACUAUAGAGGAGUAAGACAAAGGCCAUGGGGAAAAUGGGCAGCGGAGAUACGCGACCCCAAGAAAGCAGCCCGUGUUUGGCUCGGCACUUUCGAGACCGCCGAGGAUGCGGCCUUGGCAUAUGAUCGGGCAGCUCUCAAGUUCAAAGGCACCAAGGCUAAGCUCAAUUUCCCCGAACGAGUUCAUGGCAACCCCGAUUACACCUCAUACUCUAAUCCAAGUUGCCAAAACCCGGGCGCCCAUGUUGAACAAAUCAAUCCUCAGCCGACACCUUUUACUCCAUAUCCGCAAGCGGCUUUUCCAGACCUGGCUCAGUAUGCACAGCUUCUAUCGAGUACAGAUGUUGAUUUUCCUUAUCAUGUUUCGAAUCUCUAUGGCCAAGAACCUUUUGGUUCGCAACAAACGUCAUCGACAUCGUCUUCUACAAUUAGCUCAUCGCCCUACCACUACAACCAGCAGCAGCAACAACAGGAGCAGCCAAAUGAGCCAUCAAGGACUUCUUCUUCUUCUUCCUACUUUGGAUGGUCACCAUUUCAAGGAUACGGCGAUGGAUUUGAUCCAAGGAAUCAAGGGCAAUAGCAUCAUCCUCAACCUCUUUGCCCUUUAAUUUUUUCCAGGAGAAAAUAUUGUAUGAUUGAGCCUUAUGUUAUAAAUAGGGUACCAUCACCGUGGGGAUUUUGGAAGACCCAGUUAAUGUAAAGAGCUUCGAAGAGUGUUUUCUUCUUAAAUUUGGAAGCUCUAUAUAUGUAUUGGAUUUGGCGCUUAUUGGGAGGGUUUCCCAGCUGAAGUUAUUUGCAAUCAUCUGGGAGAUGAUCUUAUGUCCCAUAUGCACAUUUGGGACAUGUAAGAGAUUGUACUUUAUCCUUCAUACGUUAGUCCAUCCUCAACUAUAUGUAA